AUGGCCCAUGAAAUGGAUUGAAAACGUUUGUUUAGCUGAAUAAUGUGCUUUCUCAGUAGUAAGGUGUGUUGACUUUAUAAUGUUAAAGAAUCUGAGUGUGAAUAGGAGAGUUUGCAAUAUCACAAAGAGAAGCCGCAUCAAACAACUGUAAUGCAUAAAACAGUUAUGACUUUUCAAAUGGCAUAUUGUUUCUGGCUAUAUUCCUAUUACUAUAAAUAAAUCAGAUUCAGAAUUAUAAACUUCUCCAUCUUAUAUUAUUAGAAAGAAUGUUAUUUUUCAAAAAAACACUUCACAAUGGAAUCAAUGAAAAUAAAUAGCUUUAAUUUAAAUUUAAAUAAAGAAAGCAAGAUGCGACUGCUGUUCGCAAAUCACUGAAACAGGUUUAUGUUCAAAGUUAUGAUAGAGACAAAAUACUACAUCAUCAACCUUGCGCAAGAUAGUGAUGGGAUUAUCCUAUCAAAAAUGUACUGUACCAUCAAAUUCAAAACAUCAAAAUUUUUAGCGUGGUGUUGCUUUCUGUGUAACUAGAAAGUCAGUAGCCAAAUUGAUAUAACAAAACAGGCAAAAGUAUCUUGAUGAUUCUUAGACAUCAUAAGUCCCAUAAGACCAUAAGAUCAUUCUUAGACAUCAUCCAUGAGCAAUUAUUUACUGUGACUUGUCACAAUGUUGGGCUGCAUUUUUGAUCAUAUUUUAAAUUUAAUUUAAAAUAUAUGCUCUUCACCUCAAAUGACCAUAAUACUUUUCCUUUAACGAUAGAUAGAUGACAUUUGGGGGGAAAAAUUUUUUUAACUGAAAUAUUACUUCCAGUUUGCGUCGGAAAUUCGUAUAUAGUUAAUUGGGGCCUAAGGUUUCCGUAUCUGGUCUCGUCUUUCAUCUAUUUAACUCCAUUCUCGAGAUUAUAGUCCAGUAACUUUAGACGAAAAAAAGGUCGUUUCUGCAGAAAAAUUUGAAGCCAGCUGAGUUUUUGUAUAUCACUUUAUUUAGUCACACUAAAUAAAAUGUCAAAGUUCCCCAGCAUUCUGCUAUAAUGCUGGGGAACUUUGACUUAAUGUUUUACAGUGCUAAAAAGGUGCUUACAGAGGGUAUAAAAUCGAUCUUUUGUUAGUAUAUAUAAACUUGAAGAUGAGAACGAACAUUUCUGUAGAGAAUUUUAUCACUUUCUGAUACAAGCGAUUGUACUGAAUUUCCACCAAAACUAUCUUUAUUUUACCUGCCCCAAUAUACCUGAAAUUUAUGACAAUCAACAAAUAUCAAGAUUAAAAACAAAGCCAAGUGUGGCGAAAGCGUCAAAAACUAUCCAAGUCCCAUUGAAAAUUUAUGAAAAUCAUGGCGUAGGAGGAUUGAAAAAAUUAUGGUGGAAAAAGUUGAUUAUGAAGUGAAAACAAUGUCAAUGCUCUGGAAUACAGAUAUGUUAUGGAUGUAUGGGAAAUGGAGACACCUACCAGAAAUACCAGGAAGGAGUACAUUUAUGGAGUUUCUAACAAAAUACAAGGUGUGUAUCGAGUCACGAAUAAUUUAUCUGCCAUUUAUCUAUCAACCAGCCAGCAAUUACAACACUAUUUAUACCGUCUUGCAGUACAUUCUCGAAGAUGGACAAAGGCACGGUCAUACGGCGUGCAUAAUAAUCUCCGAUCAACCACUCUAUAUUAAAGCUCGAGAAAUGGUUGCAUCAUCAGACGAAACUUCUCCAUUUUCGAAGAUAACAGUGAAGCUCGGAGGUUUUCAAAUGGUGAUGUCAUUUUUUGGAUCAAUUGGAUAUAUCGUGGCAGGAAGUGGCCUUAAGGAAGUGAUGAGCACUAUUUAUGCUCCACAUUCUGUGGAUAAAAUGCUGUCGGGUCACGCACACUCCAGAGCUGUCGGAGCUCGUACGUUGCUGGAGGUUGCUUUAUCACAAAUAAUUUUCAAGGAGAUAGCAUUUGGAGGAGAUGAUCACGAAUUCUUUAAGCUUUAUCUGGAGAAUUUAAAUGAAGCAACACCUACAUUUAGAGAGAUUGAAGGGUUGAGUACUGUCACAUAUUUGAAAAAAAAAAAUUUGCUUCCUUACUUUCAUGAUGCGGGACAUUAUCUUUACAGAAAAUCUGCACGUUUAUAUAUUCAAGAAAUGGGAAAGUUCAACGGAAAAGGAAACUUUCAAAAAGUUUAUCAACAAUUUUUCACAAUUAAAUGGUCAGAUAAAUUUUUCUGUGGAACAUCGAGCGAUAUGGUAAUAGAACAAUCACUCGUGAAAUCGGUAAAAAUACAAGGACGCGUCAUACACGGAAGAAGUGCCAAAGAGAGUGUCUAAAGUAAUUUGUUGAUGAACUGCAAGCAAUAUUUCACAGGGACUCGAGAGGUUUUGUCAACUUUCCUUUUGCAGUGGAGAACAACAUGUCAAUGCAAUGGGAUCUCGCAUACACCGAUGCAAAGCAGUUAUCGGAAUGGUUUCAUUCUCACAGUCCCUUUCUGAAUAUUCAACAAAUCAUACCUAUUGCAACAGGGGGUAACGGGUGAUGAGAAAAUAAACUGUCACAAUGUGCUAAAUAUUGACACUACCACGAUGGAAAAAAUAGUUAAUAAAAGUUUUAAUGGCAUCAAAUUUUAGUGUACCGACAGAGUAUUUUAACUUUUAAUACUUAAUAGUCACGAAAAAGUUCACGACGUGACUGUGCCUAUUGAUCCAUUGUCGUUGUUUCAAAGGAUCAGUGCCAUAAGAAGAUGUAGAGAAGAGCUCCGCAACAUUUUGAAAUACGAGUUAGCUCCAUAUCCUAUAUCGCUCUUCGAUGAAGUGGGAAUGAGAAAAAAAAAAAAAAAAAAGUCAUCUUUCUUCAACGGCUUCCACAUCCGAUUUCAAAAGUGCAACUUAUGUCCUCGAUGGAGGAUUUCUCUCGCAUUAUUUUGUAUGGCAUCAAAAUGAAACUUUUGGGCUAAUACGUGCACAAUAUAUUAAGUACAGUAGAGCGUCGAUUAUCCGAAUCAAUUGGGGACUGGGGGUGUUCGGAAAAUCGAUUUUUUGGAUAACCAAUUAUAUACGAAAAAAUGCGUUAA